AUGGGAAAUUGCCAGGCGGCGGAGGGAGCGUCGGUGGUGAUUCAAGAUCCGGGUGGUAAAAAGGUGGAGCGAUUUUACUGGGCGGCCGUGAGUGCCCAUGAGGUCAUGACUUCCAAUCCUGGCCAUUAUGUUGCUCUAGUAAUCACCUCACCAGUGAAUCAGCUCAAACUUCUACGCCCGGAUGAUACUUUGCUUGUUGGAAAAGUUUAUCGACUCAUCACCUUUGAAGAUGUAUUGAAAGAGUUUGCCGCCAAGAAAAGUGAAAAGCUAGGCAAGUUACUCGAGGAAAGUGGAGCACUGCAUUUAGAUCAAAACAAUACACAGCCUCGUACCAAUCCCAACUCCAACUCGAGAUUAUCAAAUGGCAGCUCCACCGAGACGAGGCAGGAGCUUUUAGGUAUAGGAAGCAGCACUAAUUGCGGUAGAGGUGUGGGAAGGCAUUGUGUUGGAGCCCCAUGGAGACCGUCCUUACAGAGUAUUGCCGAAUUUGGAACUUAA